AUGUCGCUCCGCGGCUUACGAGGCCGACGGUUCGAAUCCGCCCGGCCCCGAGGCUCCGGUUGCGCCUGCGCACGACGCCCCGACGCCCCGACGGCGCGGGCCGAGGAGGGCUGGGACCCGCGCAGCGCUAGCGGUAGUGAGGCCCCCGAGCGCCGGGAGCGCGGCCCAGGCGUCCUCCGCGUCUCCCGGGACAACCUUGGGAGGGGGCCCUCAGGUGUGGUUGCGAGCGGUACGGGCAGCAGAGCGGGGCAAGACGGGGAAAUAGGAAUCGCGGGGCAAUGGGAUUUCCCCAGAGCCUCCUCCCAGGCUGGGGAGAUGCUCCAGUGGCUGCCUUUGGAUGGCGAGGAAGGGGCAGACUUGGAAGAGCGGGAGGACAGUUCCCAAGAAGAUCCGAAAGAAAUCAUCACCCUGGCUUUCGUGAGCGAGAACACUGGGGCGCAAGAGGGGCUUCAGAAUGCCCAGCAGCAAGGCAAGAAGAAGAGGAAGAAAAAGAGAUGAUUGGUGAUCAAUCUCUCCACCUGCCGAUAUGAGAGCGUGCGUAGGGCCGCCCAGCGGUAUGGCCUUCAAGAGGGAGGGGAGGCCAAUGACUGGACUCUCUACUGGACGGACUACUCAGUGUCGCUGGAGAGGGUGAUGGAGAUGAAAAGUUACCAGAAAAUCAAUCACUUCCCUGGAAUGAGUGAAAUCUGCCGCAAGGACUUGCUGGCCAGGAAUAUGAGCCGCAUGUUAAAGAUGUUCCCUAAGGAUUUCCACUUCUUCCCUAGGACCUGGUGUCUUCCUGCUGACUGGGGGGAUUUGCAGAACUACAGCAGGUCAAGAAAAAAUAAGACUUACAUUUGUAAGCCGGAUUCGGGCUGCCAAGGGAGAGGUAUAUUCAUCACCCGGACAGUGAAAGAUAUCAAGCCAGGAGAGGAUAUGAUCUGUCAACUCUAUAUUUCAAAGCCCUUUAUCAUUGAUGGGUUCAAGUUCGACCUACGGAUUUAUGUGCUGAUGACCUCCUGUGACCCUCUGAGGAUUUUUGCAUACAACGAAGGACUAGCACGCUUCGCCACCACCUCUUACUCCCACCCCAGCACAGACAACCUGGAUGAUAUCUGCAUGCACCUGACUAAUUAUUCCAUUAAUAAGCACAGUUCCAAUUUCAUUCGAGAUGCUCACACCGGAAGCAAGAGGAAGCUCUCCACCUUCAACAUGUACAUGGAAAACCAUGGCUACAACAUGGAGCAGAUCUGGAGAGAUAUCGAGGAUGUCAUCAUCAAGACGAUCAUCUCCGCCCACCCCGUCAUCAAGCAUAACUACCACACCUGCUUCCCCAACCACACACUCAACAGUGCUUGCUUUGAAAUCCUGGGCUUUGAUAUUUUGUUGGACCACAAACUCAAGCCCUGGCUGCUGGAGGUUAACCACUCUCCAAGCUUCUCCACCGACUCCUGGCUGGAUAAAGAGGUGAAAGACAGUCUGCUAUAUGACACCUUGGUCCUGAUCAACCUGGGAAACUGUGACAAAAAGAAAGUCUUGGAGGAGGAGAGACAACGGGGGCGAUUCCGGCAGCAAUGUCGUUCUCGGGAGACCAGGCAGCUGAUCCAGGACCUAAGGCUGAAACAGGAGAAAAAAUCCUUCCAAACGAAGGAGAAGAAGGUGGAGAUGCAGGGGGAGUCGGCGGGCGAGCAAGCGAGGGGCAAGAGCACGAAGAGCUGCCGACAGAAACCACAGCAGAAACAUCAAGCCGCCACCCUCACCUUCAAACAACCCUUAACCUCACUAGAAACCUGCCCAGAUCCUGCCACUCAGGUCUCAGACUCCCCAGAGUCUCUGCCGAGCGGGACCGGGAUAACCAGCUCUGGAAGCAGUAGCCCCGAGGUGGAUACGGUGGUCUUUAAAUACAAGCAGCACCCCCUCCCCCAGGACCUCAUCCAGGGGAAAGUAUCAAAAAUUUCUCUUCCAACAAGAUCCCAGAGCUUCUUAGGAAGUCUGAAGCCAAGCUGGACUGCGCCGCAGAAUGAGACGACGAAGCAGCCUCUGAUGUCAGAGCUGUUCACCAAGGUUCCACUGAGGGAGAAGCUCGCCCUGUUCCCAGCUUACUACAACCCAAAGCUGGGGCCGAAUCACAAGUCACAAACCCGCUGCCUGCCCUGGGAGUGCUCCUGCAGCAGCCGAAGCUCCGGCGAGAAGAGGCAGCUGCGUCUGUCCUCCGUCCUGCUCCUGCACGGUCCUUCCAGCCGCGACGUGUCUCCCAGUGAUCUGCUGGUGGUUGCCACCCCAGCCCGACUGGAUCCGAGGCCCAGCAGGAGCCACAGUAGUGCCGCGAGAGACCUGAGUCGGGAAGCGUAUAGCCGCGGCCUGAUCUCCGGCCCAAAAGGAUGUGAGAGGGACUAGAAUCAGACUGGAUCUCUGCCAUUUUUCCCCCUUUCCACCUCUUACUCCCAGGAAAUGAU